CGGGAACUCUCAAGCAACAUGCUGUUACUCACAGGUCUGAACGGUCAUAUAUAAUGUCCGUUCCCGGAGCUCAGUUGACCGGGUCCCCCCUACUCCCACAACUCGCCGUCGACCACCGUUUCGCAUUUGAGCAUCGAGCGGCUCCGACUUUCGCCUUGGUUCAUCACCCACCAUGAGCUCUCCACCUCAAGGCCAUCCUGCGGAGAGUCAUAACCCGACGGACUCCUUGGUUCUCCAUGUCGACGUCCUACUCCUUUCUGUCCUAGGUGUAUUCACACUCUUCGCCCUCCCGCGAGCGGUGGUGCGCUUCAUGCGCCUCUCCGAAUGGCACAAAGGGCUUCUCUUCUACUCGACGUCGACUCAGCGCAGUGCCACUUCUUCUGGUGCAGGUUCUCCCGAGGACGGCAAAUCGGAAAAGAGCAAUGUCAGCGUCAGGGCGAUGGAUGCAAAUCCGUCGACUCUGAAUACCGGGGAGCCGUCUACGGGCGAGCUUCCGAGGCAUAUGUCUUCGUGGUCGUCUGCUUUUCCGGGCCUUAGCUGGCUGUUGAGCAUGCAGAUCAGGCCAGGAUACUCAAUCGGCCGACUGCUGUUGAUCUACGCUUAUAUCGGCGUGGUACUCUACGCCGGGCUAUUCCAUAGUAACCCUUUUACGAAUGCUGGUAGGGCUGGCCUGGUGACUGUCAGCCAAGUACCCCUUGUUAUUGCCCUGGGUACGAAGAACAAUAUCAUUGGAGCACUUGUGGGCCAAGGAUACGAAAGGCUCAAUUAUCUCCAUCGCGCCGUCGGACGCAUCGUUAUCCUGGCGAUAAACACUCAUGCUAUCGGCUUGUUGUACGAGUUCGUGAGCACUGGCCGCUGGUCGGUGGUAGUCACAGUCCCGCAUCUCACAUGGGGAUUGGUCGCGCUGAUCUGCAUGGACGUCCUCUUCCUCUUUUCCAUCAGCACUUUCCGCGAGAUGUUUUACCACGUCUUCUACGUCACCCAUGUCGUUGCUGCGGUUCUCAUGAUGGCAGCUGCAUGCAUGCACCACCCCAAGGCCCGACCGUACGUAUUGGCCGCCGUGGGCAUUUACGGAUUGGACCGCAUUCUACGCAUCGUCAAGACACGUGUGGCGACUGCGUCUCUACGCGCUAUACCCGAGCUCGGUAUGGUACGCGUGGAUAUUCCUCAUAUCAAUAGCGGCUGGCUCGCCGGACAACAUCUCCGGCUGAAAGUGUUGUCAUUGGGAAUGGGUAUCUUGGGCUGGACGGAACCUCACCCUUUCACUAUCGCUAGUGUCUGUGAGGGUCCGAACGGGGACGGCCUCGUCUUAAUGUGCAAAAAGGCUGGAGAUUGGACUGGGAAGCUAUACUCCUUGGCACAGCGAGGGAAGGACGGGGAAGCAGCAACGGGCAGGAGCGUCACAGUCCUGAUAGAUGGGCCGUACGGCGGCCCAGGGAACACCGUCAUUACUAGCUUCUCCGGCGUGAUGCUCGUAGCGGGUGGCAGCGGCAUUACAUACGCACUCUCUACAGUCGAGGAAUUGCUCCAGAUGCGGGCGGUUGGGUCCAGUAGAGCCCGCAUGGUCGAGCUCGUGUGGAGCGUUCGAAAUCCUUCAUCGCUCGUCCCAAUGGUCCCCCUGUUCAGUCGAUUGCUUGAGUAUGCUCGGGCGUCCGGAGUUUCCCUCCAGAUAUCCGUCUACUACACACGCGCGCAAGCCGACGACCUGAUGCAGUCACUGCAAGUGCUGCCUCCUGGUCUCGAUCUCUCUCCAGGUCGACCGCCUCUUGAACGACUGCUGCAGGGCGUCGUCGAUCGGACGUCCGAACUGUGCACCGAAUCGCAGCAAAGCCCAUCAGGUGUCCUCGUUGGGGCGUGUGGGCCGGCCGCACUCACUGAGCAUGCGGGGGAAGCUGUCAGGACUUUCGAUCGACAGAAGUUCAAAGCGGUCGGUGGCGUGGAAUUGCAAGAGGAGAAUUUCUCUUGGUGAAGAACUCAGACCAUGGUGAAUUACGGCGGCCUGCUGUCCGGAGCUCGCUUAAAGAACUGGGGGGCCUUAGAUGGAAUUUCGGACAUGAUUAUCAACAUUCGUACUUUGCAUGCUGUGAUAUUAUUAGCUUGAACCUCAUGUACCACCACCAAUAUAUAGAUGGACGCGCAACAUGGUCAACAAGCAAAUAUAC